GUGGUCAAGCAGGGUCAUCAUUGACCACGUCUACGACAGAUCUGUCCCGAGGCCACACUGCUCAUCAGCUUAGGAUUCAUAUCUCCAAACGGUCCUUCCAUUACUACACUUUCGCGCGAAUUAUCUUGAUAAUACUGGACUUGUUCACAAGCUACUGCAUAGCCUAUCGACUUCUGGGCGAUUACGAUCACCAUGCUCGCGUCCGGCUUCACACAUGCACCAAUCUCACGACUAUUAGUCGUGGGCGUUGUCGUCACCAGCUUCCUUGCCAGCUUGACCGACACGAAAGUCUUCGCAUGGAUCGAAGUGCGCCCGCAUCUAUGGGAAUACGGCCAGUACUGGCGGGUUUUCACCUGGCAGCUAUGCUACACGAACAGCACUGAAGUACUCUUCGCGGCCAUGACGUUUUACCAGCUGCGCGUGAUAGAAAGAUUAUGGGGCAGUCGUAAAUUUGCUUCAUUUCUCCUCUUGACAUUUUUCUAUUCCGCCUUCCUUACUCCCUUCAUCUUGAUUGCGGUUCUCCGACCGCUGAGCUUCGGGCGGAUCAAUUACCUUCCCGCAGGCCCAACGCCACUUCUCUUCGCCCUUCUGGCACAGUACCAUGCCGUGGUGCCCUACAUCUACAAAUACCGCGUCUCCGGGUCAACCUCGUCCUCAGAUCAAUCGACAGGCAUACUGCUCACAUCGAAAGCGACAUCAUAUCUUCUCCCACUCCAACUUGCCCUUUCACAACUACCCGGCUCGGCACUAGCUGCGGCUGUGGGCUGGUGUGUGGGUAUUGCAUAUCGUCGCGAAAUACUGCAGGGCGCAGUCAGAUGGCGCGUACCCACUUGGCUGGUGGCCGCGGGAUAUGAGCAGAAAGAACGGUAUAACCAUUUGCGACGUCGCAUGGAAGGCGAGGUGGCUGCUGGUCGGGCAACGGGCGUCGAGCGAGAUGGCGGCAGCGGUAAUGCUGGUGGAGAAGAUCAGGCGAGAAGGAGAGGUGUUGUUGGCGGAUUAUUUGAUCAAUUUAGAGGAGCU